CCAAUAUGUACCACACAGGUAUCAAAGUCCAUAUAUUUCUAUUUUCGUUCCACAUGUGGAAAAAUUUUUCAAAAUGAUGUAAUAAUUUUGCAAUCCAAAGCAUAAAAGAUGGGUUUAUACACUUGGUUUAGGGAUUUAGGAAGCUAUCAAAAAACAUCAGUGAUUAUCGGAAGCUGUGCAUUGUUUUGUGGCACAGGUUAUUGCGUUUAUAAACUGUAUUCCCGCAAAAGGAAAGUUGAAUUGUACGAUGAGAGCCCAAACAAUGGACAAGAACACAAACCUGCUGUUCAGAAGCGGGUUUUAGUAUUGGGUUUACAAGGCUGUGGUAAAACAACGUUUCUAACAGCCCUAGCAAAUCUUGGCUCAGGGGCAGGAGGCAACGAAACUAAGCCAACCGAAGGCUUUAAUGUCAUGUGUGUCACAACAAACGGAGUCCAUCUGAAUAUUUGGGAAAGUUAGUAUUUUUUUGUGCUUUAAUUGCGAAAUCGAAAUUUCUUCAUGCAUCUGAUAUUCUGAUAUUUUGUGAUAAAUAAUUAAACAUAUUGGUUUUUAUCAAUUACCAUUUGUGAAAUUUAUAAUAUUUAUAAUAACCAAUAAAUUAUAGUAGGUGAAGUUUUUCCAUUAAAUAGUUUUUUAUUAAUCUUAACCAGUUUAGUGGCAAUGUGCCCUGAUGCAUAUUGUUUCACUCUUAACACCUCAAUGGGUUAAAAAUCAUUCAAAACCCAUUACACUAAUUAACAAGCAAAUCAGUAUUGUAAUGUGCAUUUACACACGUAUGUGUAAUCAGACAGAAGUCCGAUGCUCAUUGAUUGCAUUCUUGGUCAUUAAGGAACAAGCAUGGGAAAAUAACUGGAUCGGCACACUUAAUGUGGUGAAGGAAGGGUGAAAUAUUAGUUUAAUGAUUUACUUUUACUUACAGUUGUUUGACCUUUUUUCAUAGUUGGUGGCGGAGAAAAAGUCCAAAACUACUGGUCCAAGUUUACAGCUGAUACAGACUUGCUCAUGUACAUGGUUGACUCCUGUGAUGCUGAACAUUUUACAGAGGCAAAGGAAAAGUUAAAUGAACUUUUAAAAGACCCUUGCUUACAAAAUGUUCCUUUACUAAUUCUAGCAAGCAAACAGGAUAAAACUGGUGCCCGAUCCAUUAGUGUGCUUCAAAAAAUUCUGGACGUGGAUGGCCUUUUAGACACUCGAUGCGUAGAAUGUUUUGGAAUACAGAUAUCGCCAUUAGGACCUGAACUUCAAGGAAUAGAAAUUGUACAAAAUUCUAUUUUGAAAUUCUGCACAGAAACAUAGUUUGAUCAAUUUUAAUGACUUUCUUAAGUUAUUUGAAUUAAGAAUUUAAAAAAUCUUAUCAUUUUAUUUAUGUAUAAAUAUGCUAUUUAAUUUUAAAUGGUAGUUUACAUUUAAAUUGUAGUUUACAUUUAAAUUGUAGUUUACAUUUAAAUAGUAAUGUAUAUAUUUAUAAGCAUG